UUUAAACCAUGUGAUGGUACAGUCUGUUGAGGUUCCGCGCGGGAGCGGAAAACGUGCAUCCGGCGGAGAAAGGAAGAGCUUCUCAUCACGUCAAGACUCCAGCAUGGCUCGAGACUGGAAACCAGGGGACCUUAUUUUUGCUAAAAUGAAGGGGUAUCCUCACUGGCCUGCAAGAAUCGAUGAGGUCCCGGAUGGGGCUGUAAAGCCAUCCAACAUCAAGUACCCCAUAUUUUUCUUUGGCACCCAUGAAACAGCGUUUCUUGGUCCAAAAGACAUCUUCCCUUAUUUGCUCAACAAAGAGAAGUAUGCAAAGCCCAACAAAAGAAAAGGCUUCAAUGAAGGAUUGUGGGAGAUUGAGAAUAACCCAAAAGUUGAGCUUACAGCACCCAAGCCGGUUCCCCCCCACUCUUUUAUGGAAAAGGAUUCAGACAGCAGUCCAGAGGCAGAGGAGGAUGCAGGUGACCAAGAAGUCCAAUCCAAAGUUCCAGGAAGUGAGGCUGAGCAUGAGAAUGAAGAGCAGGAGGAUGACGAAGAGGGGAGGUGUCUGAUAUCUGAGUCUCAGAGUCAGGAUGGAUCAUCUCAGAAAGAAUUAACAGAUGCUUCAAAAGCCAAGAGAGGAAGAAAGAAAAAGGUUGGUCAUGAACAUUUCUACAUUUUGUCUAUGAAAGAGUUGGAAAUCUUUCUAAGGAGAACGUUAACUACUUUGCAGAGUGAAUCAGAACAAGAAAAUGAAAAAGAUGAAGCCCCUGCAAGUCCUGUCAGUCCAUCUGGUGGAGAUCCUCUUAAACGACGAGGCAGGAAGCCCAAAAGUGAGAAGUUGCAUUUGCUUCAGCAACAAGACCAUCACGGAUCAGGAAGUGAAAUGGAAACAGCAGAACCAGAGAAAAAGAGGAAGAGGGCAUCGGAGGACAAGACCCACUGUGAAGAAGAAAGGAGGAAGAAGAGGGACGGUAGUAAAGGCAAGGAGUUGGAAUGGAAAGAGCCGGAAGCCAAGAAGAAGAGGCAGACCAAAGACGACGGCUCGUCUGGCUCUGACGAUGACGAGGAAAACAAAGGUAAUAAUAAAAAACAACAAAACUCCGAAAUGGACAAAGAUGGGCGUCGGCAGAAAGCUGAUGAAGGGAAAGAACCAAACAAAGACGGCGCAAAGAAAACUGAGGCAGGGGUCAAGAAAAAAGAGAUGUCUACUGACAUGAAGCUCCAGAGGCUCCACACGCAGAUCAAAAUGUCCCUGAAAAUAGACAACCCGGAUGUGAAGAAAUGCUUGGAUGCUUUAGAUGAGAUCAGCUCUCUUCAGGUCACGACUCAGCAUCUUCAGAAACACAGUGAUCUCAUUUCCACACUCAAAAAGACCCGCCGAUUUAAAGCUAGCCAAGACAUAAUGGACAAAGCCACCAUGCUGUAUAACAAGUUCAAGAGCAUGUUCCUGGUUGGAGAAGGGGACUGUGUGCUCAGCCAAGUGCUCAACAAGUCUUUAGCUGAACAGCGGCAAUACGAGGAAGCAAAGAAAGGGGCGCUCAAAAAAGCUGAGCAAGUCAAAGAAAACGCUGCAGACUCUACUGACAAGGUGACCAACGGUGAGAUGAGUCCUGCAGAAAAGAAGGAAGAGAUGGAGCAGGAGAAGUUCCUGGAAGACUCAGCAGCUGCAGAAAACCACAGAGGUCCAAAGGCUCAAGAAGAGGCCACCUGAGCAUCUGGCUCACCUGCAGAGGUUGGCUGCUGUGCUGACACCACCUUUUCUAGAACUGGGUUCCAGAUAAAGAGUUGCUGCUCUGAGGCGUCACUACAUGAACCAGCAACCCCCCAAUGACUGACUGCAUAUUUGUUGGAAAUAAACUUGUAGACACCUUAUUAUGCUACUUACAUAGUUAACCCACAGCAGAAAUGAGUGAAUGUUUGCGAUCAGGAACCUGAUUGGUCUGUUUGAGCUGUGCACUUCCUGUUUUGGAUGCAUGGUUUUUCCUGCUGAAUCUGCUCUGGCCUUCAGUUCACAUGAUCUGGAAUUCAUGAGAAUGUCUGAACGCUUGCUGGAUGAGCACUUUGAUGGAUGUACAACUAACUAUGGAACUGCCAAAGUCAAAGCUAUUUUUUUAAACCAUGUUAAAGUUUUCUUUUCAACGUAGAUGUACUUAAGACUUGUGUUUGUGUCCUUCUGAAAUAAAGUCAUAACAUUCUUCUUA